GAAGAAGCAUACAUAUAUAUGUGUAUAUUUCGCGAAAAUUGCUAAAACAUAACAAUUUAGAAGUUCAAAUCAACUGAUAAAAGUACAAAAAGUUAACAAACGUAUACAAGCGUCAGUUUUUGUGUAAAGCAAAUUAUCAGCCUUAAAAGCAACGUCGAAACAAUUUGAAAAAGGAUCUACAGGUUGCCGAACAACUGCACCAGGUGCAAAAAACGUGAAGGAACUUCUGUCAUUUGUUGGUAUCUAGAAAAUUCGCAUAAGUCAAGCACCAUGAGUAAGGACAUUUACUAUUCAGAUAAAUACUACGAUGAAAAAUUCGAAUAUAGGCAUGUUGUGCUACCAAAGGAACUUUCGAAAUUGGUGCCUAAAACGCAUUUGAUGACGGAGAACGAAUGGCGGUCUAUUGGUGUGCAACAAUCUCGCGGUUGGAUACAUUACAUGAUACAUAAACCAGAACCACAUAUUUUACUAUUUCGCCGACCAAUACAACAGUAAUAAUUAUACAUUACAUUACAAUACUAAUUAUAACAAAUCAACAGGACCAGUAACCCACCACGUUUUGCUAUUGUUAAGAUCUCGGGCGUGCUGCACUGCCAUAAUUUAAUUAAAAAAUAAUCCAAAAAAGUAAAUACUCUUAAUAAUUACGUUCGCUGUUUCAAAGAAAAACCAACUAUGCGCAUAAGAAUAGUUAAAAUAAACAGUAACUCGCCUUUGUGUAUUCGUAUUGAAAACUCCGUUGUACAAAAUGGCUAAUAAAUUGUAAAUAUAAAAUAAAAAGGCGUGUGCCGGCCUGCCUGUUGCCUGUUCAAUAGCAUAGAUAUUUGUAACCUGAUCAUGAUUGCCAUAUAUUGUAUUUUGAAAGCCAUCACGGUCUGCAAAUAUUUUGAA